AUGACCUCCAUAGGAACAGGAUACGAUCUGUCGAACUCCGUUUUCUCUCCAGACGGACGUAACUUUCAAGUAGAAUACGCGGUAAAAGCAGUUGAGAAUGGCGGCACGUCCAUCGGCAUACGGUGCAAGGAUGGUGUCGUUCUGGCCGUAGAGAAGCUUAUCAGCAGCAAACUACUGAAGGCCGGCGCCAACAAGAGAAUAGCUACCGUCGACAGGAACAUUGGAAUAGUCUCCUCUGGCCUGAUCCCCGACGGACGACACUUUGUUUCCAGAGCUCGUGACGAAGCCUCUUCGUGGAGAAGUACAUAUAAGGGACCAAUUCCCACGGACGUACUGGCCAGCCGGUUAGGAGGAUACGUCCAGGCAUAUACCUUGUACUCUUCCGUUCGGCCAUUUGGAAUCUCCGCUAUAGUUGGAGGAUGGGACUCAGAGGCCGAGCUACCUGUAGACGGCCAGGUUGGGUCUGGCCCUGAGUGCGGUUCAGGCGGUAAGGUCAAGGGAGCCAAGGCCGGUGGUCCUGGCUUGUUCAUGAUCGAGCCAAGCGGUGCUUACUGGGGCUACUAUGGCGCUGCGACAGGCAAAGGACGACAAGCCGCGAAAGCCGAGCUGGAGAAACUAGAUCUCCCCGCUGGCAAGCUGAGUCUGGUGGAUGGAGUCAAAGAGGCGGCGAGAAUCAUCUAUAUCUCGCAUGAGGAUAGCAAGGAUAAAGAAUUCGAGCUGGAAAUGACCUGGGUCAGCUCUCUUGAUGGUCCUACCAAGGGCAGACACGAGCAGGUCCCCAAAGAGCUACUCGAGGAAGCGGAGCGGUUGGCUAAGAAAGCCAUGACCGAAGAAGAGGAUGAUGAGGAAGAGGACGAUGAUGAGGACGACGACGAUGAAGACGACGAUAAGAUGGAGGAAUAA